AUGAGCACCCAGUCACCGUGCACACUUGUGCAGCUGGCAGUGCAGAAUCUGUUAAGAGAUAAAGUCUUGACCGUGGAGGCUGUGGAAGAUUUGCCAGGGGAGCUCUUCCCAUUGGUGUUCAUGGAGGCCUUUGCCAGAGGACACACAGAGGUGCUGAAGGCCAUGGUGCUGUCCUGGCCCUUUCCCUCCCUGCCCCUGAGGGCACUGAUGAGGAUGAGGAAACUAGAGACAUCACAAAUUCAGCUGGAUGUUGUCCAUAUGGAUAAGAGAAACUUAGAGACCUUCCAAGCCGUGCUAGAUGCACUCGAUGAAAUUCUGACACAAAAGGUUUACAAUAGGAGGUUGAAACUGCAAGUGCUAGAUAUGCGGAUCAUGCACCAGAACUUCUGGAAUGUCUGGACUGGAAACCAUUUGGAAACCUCCUCCUCAGGAUCCAGGAAGAGGAGAAAAACAGAGAAGAGUGAACAAAAGGUAGCAGAAAAGAAGCAGGUCACCAUCAUUUUAGACCUGUGGAUCAGACAAAGUCAUCUGGGUCUAUUUCAAUCCUACCUCCUCAAGUGGGUCCAGGAGAGGAAAGGUUUUGUGAAGCUCAGUUGCUCAAAGCUACACAUUAAAGACAGUUACAGUCAAACUACCACAGAGAUCCUGGAAAUGCUGAACCUUGGUUCUGUGCAGGAGGUGGAUGUGGGUCAGUGCUGGAAACUCCACACCCUGGCUUGUUUUGCCCCUUAUCUUGGCCAGAUGCAAAAUCUUCAGAAAAUAACUCUCUCUGACAUCUCUGAGCCUUCCUUCAUUUCCACAGAGAGGAGAGAGCAGUUGGUCACCCAAAUAACCUCUCAGUUUCUUAAGCUUCACUGUCUGCAAGAGGUUUACAUGGACUCUGUCUCCUUCCUGGAAGGAAAACUGGACCAGAUGCUCAGGUGCCUGGUGUUCCCCUUGGAGACCUUCUCAUUAACUCACUGCAAGCUUUCACAGACUGACUGGAACCAGCUGCCCCAGAAUGCGCACCUCAGACAGCUAAAACAUUUGGACCUGAGUGGUACCAGUCUGACAGAUUUUAAUCCUGAGCCCCUUCGAGUUCUACUGGAUAAUGUCGCCACCACCCUGACCACCUUGCAUUUGGAGUCCUGCAGAAUCACAGAUAACCAGCUGUGCGCCAUCCUGCCUUCCUUGAGCCGCUGUACACAGCUCACUACCUUCUGCUUCAUAAAGAACUCUAUAUCCACAGGCGCCAUGAAGAACCUGCUGUGCCACACUGCUGGGCUGAGCAACUUAAACCUGGAGCUGUACUCCGUUCCUCAAGAUGUGUAUGUUCCCAGGCACAAUGUCCACCAGCAGAGACAGAUCCAGGCUUCUGAGGCACUGAGGAUAGUAAAUCAACUAAACUACCCCAGGAUCAGAGUUCAUGAAUCUCAAUAA